UCAGGAGUGACUCAAAUGAAGGAGAUUAAAGAAGUUCCGGAAACUACAAAGGAAAUGACCCAAAGAACUGUCUCAAUAUCAGUCUUGCAACACUUCCCAUUAAUUGGAUACUAUGCAAUGAUAAAGUAUUGUUGCGGCAGUACGAUAGCUUCAGUCUCAAGCAUUUCAAUCAUCUCUGAGUCUCAGACCCAAGACCCUAAGUUAAUUGAGAUACCAGCCUUUUGCAAGAAGGAGGUUUCAUUCCUGUCUAUUUCCAAGAAAAAAAAGAUGUCUGCCACUCUAGGACUUAUUUUUAUGUUUCGGUGCGUCAUGUUAUUUCCUACAUUGCAUGCUGUCUUUUUGGAUACAGAGUCGAAAUCAUCAUCUUCACCCAUUGCCAACUUGAUGCUGAAUCCCGGAAAACUAAAGCUGACCUGGGACAGCAAUGUCACUGUUACUGAAUACAUCUGUUCUAUGCAUGUAGGCCAGCGUAUCAUAAAGAAAACUGUGAACAAUAAAACCUGCACAUUUAACACAGACUAUGCUCUGCCUAUUCAUAAGGGGGCAUUAUUUCGAGUUCAAACAAAGUACAACCGCACUUCAUAUUCAGCAGAAGACAGAUUCAUUCCUCAAGGCAUGAAUGGAACAUCCGUUGAAAAUUUCUCUUGUGUGAUUUACAACAUUUCCUUCAUGAAUUGCACUUGGAAGGCCGGCAGGAAUGCUCCAGAAGAUACCAAAUAUUUUCUUUUCUUGAAAUACCCAAAGGAAGAAGAUGAACAAGAAUGUCCACAUUACAUAAGAGAUGCACUUGGAAGACAUAUUGCAUGCAGUUUUCAAGAUGUGAAAGACAUUAAAAAGAGAGUUUACUUCCUGGUGAAUGGGUCCAGCAAUGAAUCGGAGAUUCAGUUUUAUGAUGAGUACAUCGACUUAUAUAAAAUUGAAAAACUCACUCCUCCAUUAAAUAUCACUGUAAACUGUUCUGAAGACCGACUACAGUGUACAGUGCAAUGGAAACAGCCCCACCUAAGCCAUGUGGAAGGAAAUAAUGAUAAAUGCUUUGAAUAUCAAAUUGAAAUUCGAAAUAAGAAAACUAAUGCCAAUCCCGAGGAAAGCAGCAAUGAGUCUCAUACGGUAACAGGAAGACGCUUCAUAUUUCAGAAUUACAUUGGAGAAAAAAAAUACACCUUGCAAAUCAGAGCAAAAGGAGAUUCUUGUUUGAUAAGCGAGAAUUGGGGGGAAUGGAGUGAGCCCAUUGAGUUUGGUAACCCAGAUGAUACAGUUCUUAUGGCUACAAUUGUUUUACUCAUCAUAGCACUUGGAACAAUCCUAGUGGCAUUGGUCAUAUUUUUUCUCUGCAAAAGAUACUGCAGUUUGAAAAAAUUGUUUUCUCCAGUUCCACAACCAAAAAACAAAUUUGAUGAACUUUUCCAGCAAUCUGAUAAAAAUAUACAGAGGGAAUAUAUGGAUCUAACACCAACAAAAUCUGAAACUGAAGAAAUAACUUUUGUUGAAGAAAUUAAAUAACUUCUAAAAGCAAAACGAAGCACUUGGAUUCCCCAACUCAAACAACUACAAAUCCUCAUGGCAAUUUUGUAUGUUUUGCACACUCACUCCCUUUCUCUCCCCUACAAAUACUGUGACACUUAUAUUAAAGACCCUGUAUUCAGUUUCUUAUAACUUUGUCAAAUUUGAAUAAUUUGGACAGAAGUUUUUCCAUGCUGCAUGUCUAUUUGAGGGUGAAUAUUCUUGGAGUGUUUAAAAAAAACCCAUUUCAGUAAUUUGUUAAAACAAAUUUAGGGAAAAAAAAUAAAUUAUUUUGCCUAUAUUAAAAAACCUCUUACAACCUUUUCAUUGACAAUCUCUAGUGCUUCCCUGCUUUGAAACUGGUGGAAAUUCAGCAGGGGUGUUGCUGUGAUGACAGGAAUGUGCUUUAUUCAUCCUUAUGAAUAUCAGCCCAAAUUUGGCCAAGUUAUUAACCUUUG